ACAAGACAUAUCGGUUAGACUGCGACUUGGUUUUCAUGCAUUAAUUUAUGUAAACAAAUUACACUUCGGUAUAAUAAUAGUAAAAAUCCCCAGAUUGCAUGGGGUUAAUGUAGGGAACCGCGUAUAUUUUGUUCACAAUCACGUUCUGUCCGUAACUUCAGGGUUCAGGGUUACUACGGUAAAAGCGCCGCUGCAUUCCAGAGUUUUUGUGGUAGUUCUUGGGAACCCUCUGUGCUAUCCCUUCCAAUAGAGAGCUCGCAUAGAAUCCGAUAGUAUUUCGCGAAGCAAUAUAUAGAGGUUGAAAAGAGUAUUUGCAUGUGUGAUUAGUUAGGUCUGGAAAAAAAAAACUUGCAUUGGCUCUGCCCAGUUUCCCGCUCUGGCAUCUGAGCAGGAGGAAGUGUUUUGCUGGAAUAUGAUGACAGAGGUCAGGCUCCGCUAAUGGGCCACUGAAGAGGAGAGGAGGCGAGGCUGAGGCAGAAACCAGGAACACAUACACUAAUGCACUAGUACUAUCACCAAUCAGCGUAGGUGCGCGCUCUCUCUCUCUCCCUCUCUCUCUCUCUCUCUCUCUCGCCCACGAGCGUACAUUUCUCAGUCUCGCGCAGUCCUGACAUUCCAUUUUAUUGUCAAUCUCUGUUUCCUUCGCAGGGAUUUCCAUCUUUGUCCGUGAUCAAUUGGAAAUUAUAUAAGAUAAACUCAUUGAAGAGCUUAUCCACCACGACUCUGAUUCUUUCGCGCUGAGAACUGCCAAAACGGCAUUGGUUGGACCUUUCAACAUGCCACAGAAAGGAAGAUAUUAACUAGUGAGAAGCAGAUGAGAAUCUUUAAUUUGUUUUAAGCGGACAGUCAACACUGUUAUCAGAAUACUAUAACCGGGCCACGUGGGAGUCUGGCGUUGCCUCCAUGAUGCAAAACAAGGUGUAUGACAUCUGUAACGAAGGUCACAGCGGAGUGAACCAGCUUGGCGGGGUCUUCGUUAACGGCAGACCGCUACCCGACUCCACCAGACAGAAGAUAGUGGAGCUCGCCCACAGCGGUGCACGACCGUGUGACAUAUCCAGGAUUUUGCAGACCCAUGCUGAUGCAAAAGUGCUGGACAAUGAAAACGUGUCGAACGGGUGUGUGAGUAAAAUCCUGGGCAGAUACUAUGAAACAGGCUCCAUCAGACCUAGAGCAAUCGGUGGAAGUAAACCAAGAGUAGCAACUCCCGAGGUGGUCGGCAAAAUUGCCCAGUAUAAGAGGGAGUGCCCAUCUAUCUUCGCCUGGGAAAUCCGAGACAGACUGCUAUCAGAGGGCACCUGUACGAACGAUAAUAUACCAAGUGUGUCAUCGAUAAACAGAGUACUGCGCAACCUGGCUAGCGAAAAGCAACAGAUGGGCGCAGAUGGCAUGUAUGAGAAGCUGAGAAUGCUGAACGGUCAGACGGGGACAUGGGGGACCCGACCGGGCUGGUACCCCGGAACCUCCGUGCCAGGACAGCCCAAUCAAGAUGGGUGCCAGCAGUCAGAUGGGGGAGGGGAGAACACAAACUCGAUAAGUUCAAACGGGGAGGACUCCGAAGAGACACAAAUGAGGCUUCAGCUCAAACGAAAAUUGCAACGGAAUCGCACAUCAUUUACGCAGGAGCAGAUCGAAGCACUCGAGAAAGAGUUCGAACGAACACAUUACCCCGACGUGUUUGCCAGGGAACGGCUCGCAGCCAAAAUCGACCUCCCUGAAGCCAGAAUACAGGUGUGGUUCUCAAACAGAAGAGCGAAGUGGCGACGCGAAGAAAAGCUCCGUAACCAGAGACGGCAAGCCAGCAACUCCUCCAGCCACAUACCAAUCAGUAGCAGCUUCAAUACCAGCGUCUACCAGCCCAUACCACAACCUACGACGCCAGUAUCCUUCACAUCAGGGUCCAUGUUGGGGAGACCAGACACAGCUCUCACAAACACAUACAGUGCCCUGCCCCCAAUGCCAAGCUUCACAAUGGGCAACAGCAUGCCUAUGCAAGCUCCUGUGCCCAGCCAGACCUCGUCCUACUCUUGCAUGUUACCCACCAGUCCGUCAGUAAAUGGCCGAAGCUACGAGACGUACACCCCCCCUCAUAUGCAGGCACAUAUGAACAGCCAAUCAAUGGGCCCAUCAGGCGGCUCAACAGGUCUCAUCUCUCCUGGAGUAUCAGUCCCAGUCCAAGUGCCAGGCAGCGAAGCGGACAUGUCUCAGUACUGGCCCAGACUACAAUAAGGAGAGCCCCUUCCCCUCGCCACCUCACCUUCCUGUGAUGUUUCACUGCGAGCCGGAGGCGUCGUGGCAGUAUUUUAUUCCAGAGAGGAGACAUAAGACUCUUGAGGAGGACAUUGGUUUUUUUUCUACUGGGAUUGUGCCAUUCUCUAUGAAUCUUGGGACAUGAAGACUUGAAGAAGGAAAAAAGACAAAACAAACUAAAAUGAGAAAAAAAGAACUCCUGUAAAGUGCCCUGUGUUAUAAAUGGAUCAUAAAAUCUGUUUUCAGUUUCCAAAUUGUCAUUUUUUUUGAUGUAUUUGUAAAUGGCCAAUUGUAUGUUAUGACAGAAAAAAAAGAACAACAAUGGAUGGACUGUUCAACUGAGACAGUUUGACGGCUGUUGAGGAGAACCUUUUUGAAGGAAGACGUUCUGCCAUCAUUUUAUCAGCUUAUAUCAAACACUUCUGACAUUGUGUUUACCGCGCUUGGAAUCUGGAGAGGGAAAGCUGUGCCAUUCUGUGGCAUUGCCGGAGCCACGCCGCACCAGUUGUGUAAAGAAGGUCCAUUUAUCAGUCCUUUUCCAAAGCUUGCUGGCAGAAGUAAUGUGUACGUGGGAUGCAUUCAUGCUGAGGAGGAAAUUCAUAGCUAAAAAAGUAAAAAGAAUGAAAAAAAAAAAAACGUAGAUUGUGUCUUCAAUAUAUUUCAAUUUGUUUAUGUUGAAAUGCGAAAUGUAAGUAUUUGUCUUCCCUAGGAGUCUCCCAGAACAAUUUCUAAAAUAAAGUUAAUUUCAUUUAUAUUUCUCAGAAUACUUCAGAAAUGUUCAUACAUAUUUACCAUAAAUAGAUUCUUGCAGCCAGUUCAAGGUUGAUUGGUUUAAAACACAAUCUAACGAUUUUGCUUUUAGGCCUGAUGAAGCAACCUUUGCCAUAUGUUUUGACUUGAGUGUUUGCAAAUUGUUUACAUCUGGACAUAUCAGAUACAAUUGAUUGUUGAUUGUAAAACCAGACCAAAGCCUUUGUAUGUCACGGCACAAAUUUUAUUUACAUUUUGAUGUGUUGUUUUGACAAAUCUGUAGAUAUUUAUGUAGUGUUUUACAUCAGCAAGGAAUAGACCUUAAUGUGGAAUAUUAGUCUUAUUUAUGAGAACACCAACUGUGUGUUACAAGGUGGUGGUCUGAGACAUCACAAGCCGCAGUGAACCAUUGCAUUGCAUUUCAGAAGGCAAACAUUAAACAAUGUCGAAAGCA